AAAAAACGCCACUACAUCCUCUUCUUCGACGGACUUACAAAAGAUUGUGCCAUGUUGCGGCAAUUGGCCAACCGCCUACCUCAAUACUCCGCCAACCUGCGGCGCACCACUUCUUCAAGUUUAAUAACCAGAUCCAGCUACAGUACUGAUGCAAGCACCUCCACUGCGCCAGUCUAUGUGGUGUUCGGGGCGUACGGCGGUAUCGGCUCUGAGCUGUGCGCCCGGCUGGCCCAGCAGCCCGGAGCUGUGGUGGUGGCGGCGGGUCGGGACGCCGCCAAGCUCGAGGCACUGCGGGGCCGUAUCGGGUGCGCGGGGACCGGAAUGGUGGCGGAUGUGCUGAACCCGCAGCAGGUGGAGGAGGUGAUCAGUCGUACGACGGAGAUGUACGGCAAGGUUGAUGGGGUGGCGAACUGCGUGGGAUCCAUCGUGCUAAAGUCGGCUCACGCCACGUCAGACGAGGAGUUCAACCGUACUGUACAACUCAACCUAAACUCCUGCUUUUACAUUCUAAAGUCGGCCGUGAAGAAGAUGAUGGGCAGCGGGGGCGGCUCCGUUGUGUUUUGCUCCUCUGCGGUGGCUCGCCACGGAAUACCGAACCACGAAGCCAUCGCGGCGGCGAAGGCGGGGGUCGUGGGUCUCAUGCUAAGCGCCGCCGCCACGUACGCGCCCAAGAACAUCCGAGUCAAUUGUGUGGCCCCGGGGCUCACCCGCACACCGCUGGCGGCCCGCAUCACCUCCAACCCCGCCGCCCUAAAAUCCUCCGAGGCCAUGCACGCUCUAAAGCGGGUGGGUGAGGCCGGCGAGGUCGCGGCGGCGCUGGAAUUCCUGCUGCGACCUGACAACACCUUUAUCACGGGGCAAGUCCUAGGCGUGGACGGGGGCCUGGGCUCCUUGAAGCCCCAGUGA